CUGUCGGUGUCGCGCGGCGGCUCGUGUUGUCGCGUCUGCACCGGACCGAGUUGACCGAGUUGACCGUGAAUGCUGUGGACAGUUUACCGGCGGCGGGAUGCAGAAAGGCCUGAAGAAGUACUUCGUCAACAUGGACGAGUACCUGUGCAGUCUGGGCCUCUACAGGAAGAUGGUGGCCCGGGACGCGUCCAGUCUGUUCCGGGCCGUGUCAGAACAGUUGUAUUACUCUCAGAACUACCAUCAGAGGAUCCGUCAGGACUGCGCCAACUUCAUGAGAGCCAACAGAUGCAACUUUGAACCGUUUGUUGAAGGUUCGUUUGAGAAGUACCUGGAGCGUCUGGAGGACCCGAAGGAGACGGUGGGUCAGGUGGAGAUCAAGGCUCUGUCUCAGCUCUACAGGCGAUGUUUCCUGAUCUAUCGUUACCCGGGGAAACCAGCCACGGUGAUCUCAGAGGACGACUCGGUUGACAAGGUGACGCUGUGUUGCUCCAUCAACGGUCACUAUGACAUCGUUUACCCGAGGAGUUACCCCGCCUCCGCUGCCCUCUGUCAGUCGCUCCUGUACGAGCUUCUCUACACUCAGGUGUUUGGGUUGGAGGAGGCGGAGCUCUGUCAGGCCAUGGAGGCCUUCAGGGUCGGAGGUCGUCGCUAUAGAAACAGCCCGUCAAUGUGCAGUGACAUCGACAUCGGCUACGACACACCUGAGGACCGAGGUCACAGGGAGGAGUCUGAGUCGGGUGGCGCUGCGGAGGAGAAACUCCGAGCUGUGACAGACGACACAAAGCCCUCUGCAGAUGCCCCGCCGCCCUCUAGACUGUCUCUUCCCUAUAAAGUGAUGAAGUCUCUGGACGGAGAGGUUUACAGAAACCUGGAGUUUGACGUCUGGCAGGACACCUGCAAAGAGAUGCAGAAGACAGACUACAUGGUGUUUGCAGGGAGGCAGUACUUCCUGGGAGACAAGUGUCAGGUGCGUCUAGAGCCGAAGGGGAAGUACUACAAUGCCUUCAUCCAGGAAGUAGGAACACACUCAUCGGCUGUCACCGUCUUCAUCGAGGAGCUGGGAGAGAAACACCUGGUUCCUCUGACUGAUCUGAAACCAGUGAAUCCAGUUCCUGCCUGGAAUGUUGCUGCUCCCACUAGAAAAGGAGACCUGGACUUGGACUCUCGUGGUCAGCGUCAUCACCGCCAUCGGUAUUUCAGGAAGUCUCGCGGCAGCAGUGGCGUGAAGGGGGCGGAGCUGCCAAUGCCGCCACCAUCCUCCUAUGGAGGCCCAGCCCCCUCUGGCAUGCCCCCCCGCUUCCAGCCGGCAGGUCACCCUCGCCCGCCCCCUCCCCCAUCACCAGGAGCUAUGACCUACGACCCCUAUGCCCCCCCACACCACCACCCCACAGCCAGACCUCCUCGCUACGGAGCCUCCAGAAGCUCCACCCGUUUUCUGAACCGUCACCUGAUUGGUCCACAGUUGACCUAUUACCACCCUGGCAGACGAUAUUACCACGACUACGAGAACUACGCCUUCAGGUCACGUCGUAGUCGGCGUCAGCUGGCGGCUCUGAAUAAAGAGUGUCAGUUUGGUUUCUCUGCGGAGUCGGUGGAGGAACCGACCGAUCUGGACACAACCAUCACAUACUACCAGCUGGACGAUGGCAGCGACACUGUCUUCCCUCCACUGCCGGGCCCAGCUGUGGCACCACCCCCACCCAUGGGAGCCCCGCCCCCUCCCUCUGGCACCUCCUACAGAGUUCAGAGAGGCUCGGGGCCCCUCCCCACCGCUCCCCCACCUGGAAACACUCCCGUCUGUUCAUCAGAGGAGGACCAGGAGGACACGAGCACCGUGGAGGACCAGGCUGAGUACACAGAGGAGUACAUCUACAUCACUCAGGAUCAGAGCUACCAGACGUCAGGUGUUUACACCACUGCUGAGCCCUCCACUAACCAGGACGAGCAGGAAGGAGGUACUGCUGACUCUCCACCGAGGCCAGAGAUGAACUACAGCUACACACAGCAGGUAGUGAAGCCAUUAGCAGUCAUCUGCUCUUCACCCUCCUCAUCCUCCUCUUCACCCUCUUCUCCAUCAUCACGUCUACCUGCAGCUGCUCACCUGCCAGCCACACACACACAGACACGCUCAGUUGCCAUGGCGAUCCCAGCCGCCUCUCCCUGGUUGGUUAAUGAGUUGGGUGAGGCUCUCUGCACCGUGGUAGCUCCGCCCCCUUACUCCUAUGACCCUAAUGGCAGCGAUUUACCCAGAGACUGCAGAGUCCUCCAGUAUUACUUCAACUUAGGAGUCCAGUGGUACCAUCAGAGCUGUUGGCAGCAGCAGCAGCAGCAGCAGCAGCAGGUGUACCCCGCCACCUCACCGGAGGCCCCCUACCCCUACCAGCACUACACACCCUACCUGAGCCAGGACCCGCCCCUGCAUGCUGCCCCUCCUUCGUACCCUGAUACAACUCGAGGCCCCCAUCAACCCCCUUCCUCCUACCCAGAAUCCACCAGGGCAGGAGACGGACAGACAGACGGACACAGCAGCGGCCCCGCCCCCUCUAUGGAAGGCCCCUCCUCCAUCAGCUCCGCCCCUCCAGGCUCCACCACCUCAUCGGGUCUCCUGUAUCCAGAUCAGACGCCCCUCCCCCCUCCCCCGCUGCUGCACCUGCCAUAUGAAGCUCCGCCCCCAGCUGCCUACCUUCCCUCCGCCCCUCCUCUUCCUCACCCCGCUCAUUCUCACCCUGCCCACCUCCCCCAUCACUCCUCCUACCACCCCUGCCUCCCCUCCACCCACUGGGGGUGCUACAGACCGGAGAGGCCACGCCCCACGAAUCUACUGCCCCGCCCCAAUCCCGCCCACAUGGUCAGUUACAUCACAGCCCCCCCCCACCACACGGCCACACACUACAUCCCCCCCACCAUCUAACACACGCGUCCUGCUAAAACCUCACAACUCCAACAUACCUCACUCACUAGCUUAUGGCUAACAACACAGUUUGUUUUUAAUGAGCAGUGCUAACAAGUCCCUGUUAGCAGGAAAACCUUGUAUCUCCAAAAUAUUUUCCUGCUCAUGUGGGAGCUUUCCAGAGGACAAACCCGGGAACACACGGAGGAAGUUUCCGUUCUGAUAAAAAUGAGAAACAGAUUUAAAAAUGUUAAUGUAGUAAUAAAUGUUUAAAAAAAGUGGACUAAUGAUUAAAAAUCUAAAUUUUGGCAUCAAGGUUUUCCUGUGUUAGCAUGUUAGCUUCACACUGAAUAUAAUGGAAGAACCAGCAGACUUCUGCACAUGCUAGCUGUUAGCUCGUGGCUAAAUCGCCUUUAUUAUUUUUUGAAUAAAUGCCAAAAAUCUUUAUUUACAUCAGUGAAAUACCUCAGAACCACUUCCUGUUCACGUUCAGUUAGUUUAGAUGUUUAACUCGUUAAAGUGGGACAAAUGCCUCCCUGCUGUUACCACGGCAACGCGCGUGACAAAUGAUGCCGUCAGAUUUUUGUUUGUUUAAGUCGUCAGCCAGCCAAUCAGAGGGGGGGGCAGCAGGCUGGGGGUGGUCAGUCCCUGUUUAUUGAUGAGGGGAUAUAUUUGUGUUAACGUUAUGUUCAAACUGGUGGUGUGUUUUUGUUACUGGGUGAAUAAAGUUUGUUUCACCAGCAGAAAGAUUGUUUUUUCUGUCCUCCAUUAGUGUCGACAGUCACAUGACCUUUAAUGUCCUGCUCACGAUUGGGUGUUUUCCAUUGUGCACGUCAGUUUGUUUAUCAUCGGACUUCUGAGGAGGGGGGGUGCUGAAUCUAAACCCAGAUCGUAGCAGAGCUUUAAACUGACGGACCGGAAACAGACCUGCAGACCGCCUGCAGGGCUGGACCGGGGGGGACGGAGCCUGCAGACCGCCUGGACCGGGGGGGGGCGGAGCCUGCAGACCGCCUGCAGGCCUGGACCGGGGGGAC